AUGUAUCUUCCACUCAUCGCCCUGUCCGUUGCCGUCACGGUCCCCUUGGCCAGCGCUUAUCCCAUCAGUGGUGACGGUGUCAACUGCCGCUCUGGCCCUGGCACCAGCUACAGCGUGGUCAAGAGCUACAAAAAAGGCGAAGAAGUCUCUAUCACCUGCCAAGCUACUGGUACCAGCAUCAAUGGUGACGAGCUCUGGGACAAAACCUCGGACGGCUGCUACGUAACCGACUACUACGUCAAGACUGGCACUACCGGCUACGUGACAGAGAAGUGCGACGGCGGUAGCAGCGGUGGCAGCAACGGCACCUUGCCCGGACUGAGCUCGACUCAGUCUGCCCAUGCAAAGGAGAUCAUCGCCGAGGCCAAGAGCGAAGACCUUGGUCAUCAUGGCUGCACGGCUGGUAUUGCGACUGCACUGGUCGAGUCGAGUAUCUUGAUUUACGCCAACAAUGCCGUCCCUGAGUCUCUCAACUACCCGCACGACAAGGUUGGUUCGGACCACGACAGUGUGGGUAUCUUCCAGCAGCGCGCCAUGUACUAUCCGGACAUCGCGGCCGAUAUGGAUGCUGGCAAGUCUGCGGCCCAGUUUUACAAGAAGAUGCAGGGCAUUAGCGGCUGGAAGACCAUGGAUGUUGGUACGCUCUGCCAGAAAGUCCAGGGGUCGGCCUAUCCGACUCGCUACGCGGAACGUGUCGCGGAGGCAGAGAAGAUUUGUACUGCCGGUGGCUUGUAA